UUUUGACAGUUUAUUUUAUGCGAGAAGUAAUUGUGUUUACAGAAAAUAUAUUUUGUUUUUUUAGCAAAAAAAAAAAAUAAGAUAAAAUAUAAAAUUAAUAAGUUUAAAUCGUGAUCGAGUUAUACCUAAAUAGCAAACGAUGUCCGAUAGUGCCGAAACAACACAACAAAAAAUGGAUCGACGUAAAAAGAGAACGUCCACCAACCAAUACAUGAUGUACAUCGAAAUGAUGGAAAAGGAUGCUGUGUUUGCCACUGGACGUAUACCACGCGAAUAUGACUCUAACUAUUUAACCAGAAAGUGGAAAGAGUUGUCCGAUAAGCUUAAUAACUGCAGCAAUGGUCCUACAUUGACGUCGGAAGAGUGGCGCAAGCGUCUCAAUGAUUGGAAAAAUACAACCAGAUGCAAGUACAGACGUAGCAUAUCGGGUGAAAAAGAUAUUACCAUGACCUCUCUAGAGUUGCGUGCAUUAGAGCUGUUUGGCAAGGUACCGGCCACUGCACCCCCUGAACAAAUAUCUAUACAUUUUAAAUCGGAAAAAGAAGAGGAAGACGAAGAAAUGGAACACAUGCCAACGACGGAAACAUUCCAGAAACAACUGCAGGCAGCCGUGGAGGAAGCCAUCGGAGACGAAGAGGCGGAACACAUGGUCGAGACUGAACAUGAAGAACAUGAGGAAAUCAUACCCGAAACUACACACAGUUCUUCGAUGACACAUGGCGGAAGUGGUGGCGGCGGAGGUGGUGGUUCCAAUCAUGGGAAUUCUAUUAGCGGUGGUGGCGGUACUACAUAUCGUACUAUUGUCGUUGAAGAACCCGCAUAUCCCGAGGAAGAACAACAAGAUGAACAAUUAGAAUUUAUAACACAUCGUCGUUCUAAUCUGGCAUCGUCAAACAGCGGUACCGCAAUACAAACAGCCGUAGUAACAACGACACCCACAGCCACGGUAACAAAAUUAAUUAAUGGUGAUAUUCCGCUUAAACGACUACGAUCACAGAUAUCCGAUCAAAUUAUAUAUGAAGUGAAAAAAGCACCACAUGGAACACGAUACACUGUUGCUCAUCCCCACAUUCAACAACACCAAUCACAAACACAACACCAGCAACAACAACAGCAGCAGCACCAUCAUCAGCAACAACAUCAACAACAGCAGCAGCAUAUAACCCAAGAAAUACCAACAAGUUCAUGUUCCACACUGGGUGGACAACUGUUAGCUUCACAGGAUGUCCGUGAGGUGGCUAGACAACUGAAAAGAAUUGCAGAUAUUAAAGCUGAAAAACUCAAAUUUGAUAUUGCACGUUUUAAAUUUAAUAAUCCCGGCUUUACUUAUAACUUCAAUCCCUCAUAGUAGGACGAUGAGUAAGGAAGAUUAUGAACAGAAACCCCCAAUAAAGAAACAAAAUUAACUUUAAGAUUUUAAUGUAUUGUCACACAAACUCAAUUACUAUUAUUAUGUUUUAUGUUAAUUUUAUUUUUACUUAUUAAUCUUUUAUUACUUCUCAUCUCUCAACUACACACAUGCAUACAUACAUUUUGUUUAAUGUACUACAAAUAUUAACUUGAAACAUUUAUGUAUAAAUAAAUAUCAAUAAGCAUAAAUACAUAUUUAUAUUAAAGAGUAACAUCAUUUUAAGUUAAGAUCUUGUUUAUUUUAAAAGUGAAAUAAUUUUGUAGUGAACAUUAUAUUCUCUAGUAUUUUUGUUUCUAUUUCUCAAAAAAAUAUACGUUUUUUAAGAGUAACUACUUUUGUAAUAUUAUUCAUUACGUUGUCCAACGUAAAAAAAACUUCUUAAUUGUAUUUUAUUUUACAGAAAUUAUAAAUUAAUUUUUACAAAUCUUUAGUUUUGUAAGUUCUUAUUAAUUUUCUUAAACUUAAUUGUCUCAUACAUAAUCAAAUUGAAAUUUUAUCUUAGUUUUACAACACAAAGUUUGAUUAGUCUUAAAUAAAUUUAAAAUUUGAUUGUGAUUAAGGCAAAACCUGUAUGUAUGUAUACAUCAAUCAAAUAAAUUUAAAGUUCAGUUGUUAGUCAUUUAGUUUAAAAGCCAUUUUUAAUAAAUAAAAACAAAAUAAGAAAAAUGUUUUAAACUUUUAAUGCAUUAUUUUAUAAAGAGUUGUUUGUAACUUAAAUCCCUCAUGAAAUCAAUGUUUAUAAAUGAAAAAAAAAACUUAAUAAAAAGACAAACACAG